UUAAAAAAAAGAGGUGUCAAACGUCAAAAGCAAACUGAAAAAUAUAAUUUUAAAAUCGCUCGAAAAUUGCCGUAUCGCAAAUAUUAAAGUUAAAGCUAAUUUGCACUAAAAUUAACUAAUAAAUUUGAGUCUUAGACAUUGAUUUAGAUACGCACAUCAAAAUGACAUUGCAGAUGCCGGCGGCUAAUUUCGAUUUAAUGACUGCUUUCAAAUGUAUUAAAGAAGACAAUGUUAUUAAAAAUGUAUGGAACCACAACUUACAUGAGGAAUUCCGUAUAAUAAGACAGGUAGUUCAAAAAUAUCAGUGGGUUGCUAUGGAUACUGAGUUUCCAGGAGUUGUCGCGCGACCAAUUGGAGAAUUUAGAUCAACAGCUGAUUACCAAUAUCAGCUCCUGAGAUGCAAUGUGGAUCUUCUGAGAAUAAUACAAUUAGGUCUGACAUUUAUGGAUGAGAAUGGGAAAACUCCACCAGGCUGUACCACUUGGCAAUUUAAUUUUAAAUUUAAUCUGCAAUCUAUUGUUGACAGGGAGGACAUGUACGCUCAGGAUUCCAUUGAUUUACUUCAGAAUUCAGGGCUCCAAUUCAGAGAGCAUGAGGAGCAUGGCAUAGAGCCCAUAGAAUUUGCAGAACUGUUAAUGUCUUCAGGCAUUGUGCUUAUGGACAACAUCAAAUGGUUGAGUUUCCAUUCUGGUUACGACUUUGGCUAUUUACUGAAACUGCUUACUGAUCAAAACUUACCACAGGACGAAAAUGAGUUCUUUGAAAGCUUGAGACUGUAUUUUCCAAAAGUAUAUGAUGUCAAAUACCUUAUGAAAUUAUGCAAGAAUCUAAAAGGUGGACUACAGGAAGUUGCAGAUCAGCUGGAACUGAGGAGAGUUGGUCCACAACACCAAGCCGGUUCUGAUUCACAUCUGACUGGUAUGGCUUUCUUCAAAAUAAAAGAGAUUUUCUUUGACGGUAACAUCGAGAGUACCAGUGGACAUCUCUAUGGGCUAGGGGCGCCAUGUUCCCCCAAUUCAAAUAACAUUCAAGAAUGUGUUGAAAAUGGAAACUCUCCUUAAAAAUGAACUUAAAGAGGGUUUCAUGUAACGACGCCACCGAGUGUUCCAUUUUUAAUGAACACGAAUACUGUGAUUUUGAGUACCUGACGGUCCAGGAAUGGUGUUUGUUUGACAUAAGAAAUAAAUUUAAUUUAUGCAUGAAGCUAAACUAUUUUUAUCUCACAAAGCGGGCUUUGCAUUACCAGUUACCAAGUGUACGAAAACACUACGAAGCGACGAAGACGAUGUUGUGUCGGACAAAAUGAGAACUCCCGCGUUCACACAGACAUAGCGUUUGUUUAGAAACAAGUAAAACUCUUUGUGAGAUAAAUGUAUUAUACGUAACAUUAAGUCACUUUGAAAUUAUGUUGUUCCUAUAAAAAAUAAACUUUUUUUUAUGAUGAUUAAGAUUAACAUAAACCAACUACAGUACGGCGUGGCGUAUGUCGAUAGGUAUAAAAGAAAUGUGCAAUAAUAAAAUAAUGUUUUAAGUA